AUGAUGCGCUACUUUUAUUUCUUUACGGCGGUGUAUUUGACGGGACUCUGUAAUGCGAACUAUUGUCGGGACGCGAACCUGUGCUGUCCCGGGCGGGACAGUUCGUGCGUUGUACAGAAGGCUCAUCAGAACGCGAUCAUAGAAGACUUGACAGACAAGCCGUGUUACUGUGACCAUGCUUGUUUGAAACUGGGUGAUUGUUGUCCCGACUUCAGAGAAACAUGUGGAGUUUUAGAUUGCGUGGUGUCAGGUUGGGGCGAGUGGUCAGACUGUGACACGUCCUGCGGGUCUGGCAGCAUGGUGAGGAGCAGGCGUGUCAUGCAGGCCCCAGCACAUGGUGGUCGUCACUGCCCCUCACUUGUGCAACGUCGUGCGUGCCAAGCGCAUCAUGGGUGUCAACCGGACAGUGAUGUGCCAUUACGAGAGGAAUCAGCCAUGAUUCUUCCCGGAAGUCUGUCAGUCAGCCGUCACUCCAAUGAAACUAUCGACAUAAGAAAGAACCUGCGUCUACGCAACCCUGAUGAUCCAGAGUCUAAUGCGCAUAGAGAAUACUGCGUGAAAUUCGAAGUGAUAAAAGUGUCCAAGGCUUGUCACACUGAUUCUGACUACAAACCACUACGUGAAGGUGGUACAGUCUGUGUGAUGUGCGAGACAGCGGCGUUGCGACGCGAUUUGAACUGGCGGUGCGGCGGACACGGCGUGGCGGGUCAUAAUACAAGAUUCUACGCAUUAUUAGCCCCACAUUGUCACGGCAAAUGGAUCCGCACGAAGGAGAGCCCAGACAGGAAGGGCGACUGCUGCGCUAAUCCUGAUUUUAUUUUCGUGUAAAUAAUUGUAACUAAUAGUGAUUAUACGUAAAAAAAUUAUAUUGUAAUAUCCCAUUAAAAUGAAACUAUUCUGUCUAGUUUAGUUAAUUUAAUUUUAAGUUUUUUUUUUUUUUUUUUAAAUAAGAAUUCGUUUUAUAAAACGCACAAAUUGUUUUCAGAAGAGAUGUAAUAGUAGCUUGAAUGUAAUGUGCCAUAACUUUCAAUAUACAUAAAUAAUCGCACAACUAAGAGUUGUAAAAUAAAUAUAAAAAAUAAUAUAUAAUAA